AUGCCAAGUUGGGGCUUCAUCGGAAAAAGCUUCCAGCUCCAUCGCUUAAAGUAUUUCAACACGAGUCUUCAUUGUGGUGCUGCUUCGUAUUACAUUACUUUGUCUGCACGGGUUCCAGCCAGCGGUUUGGAGCAACUCUUUCAGGUUAAAGUCGAUGAAGAAUGUCUUGGUGUUUUAGAUCUGACAUGCCCUAUUGCUAGACCCCUAGUGACAGAGAGUUCAGAGAAGGUUGAGCAGGAACCAGUGUGUGGUUUUGGUUUGCACAAACCAAGAUUGCCUCAUUGGCCUUCGUCAGAGAGUGCUUUCAACGAUACAGCACGGUUUUACCUGGUGAAGGAAUCAGAGUUGCGAUGCAAUGAUUGGAUUUCUACGUAUGUGGAACUUGCAAUCUGCACUUCCGUUAGGAGUAUUGAAGAUCGCCAUCUGUCCCUGUUCGAGCUGGAGAUUGUGCAAGUAGCUAUAGAAGCUCUUGAAGAUGUGGAGCCGCCCAGCCUCGACACAAAAAAUGCAGUCUUUUACAUAGUUUAUAAAGACUUGGCCAAAGCUCGGACUGGUGAGCCUUGCGAUCGCAAAGUUAUAGUUCGACGCCUCAUCGACGAGGAGGCUACAGGAACAUUGGCUCUCAAGGGCAAGUCUGGAGCGAAGAAGAAAAAGAAGCGUCAAGAGAAGAAGAUAAAGCUUUGA